AAAAAGGCGCCUCUGUCUUUGGCGCCCAAACGAUCGAGUACGAUCCAGUAUGAUCCUAGAAAAUGGCUUCGUGGAGUAGAGUCCAAUCGGGCUUCGACGUCGAUGAUGAGACUGUUAAUUUUGGGACUCGGAUAAUCACGGAAAGCAAUGGCUCGCUAUACGAGGCGUGCACCGUGGCAACGAUUCAAUCGCUUGAAAAGGUGGACCAACAACCAAAUGUUAUAGCAUCUAUUCAAUAUUCCAUGAUUUGCGUUGCAAUUGACAAAUCCAUUACAAUCUUCAAGAAUGAAACUUGCAACGAAAUAUUAUGUAAUAUUAGUUUUCCCUCCGUGAUAGCUGAUUACUGCAUUUCCGAAGAUGGAUUUUUUUUACUUGUAGUACUUACAACCAGAAUUUUAUAUUGUAUACAUUUAUCAGAUGGAAAACUAAUUUUUACAAAAACAAUACCUGAUAAUAAGGAUAACAUAAUAAAAGUAUUUUUGAAGAAACAAAGUGAAGAAAAAUUUAUAAUUCUUGUUACAAACACUGGAGCUAUUUACAGAUUCUCUAAAUUUUAUCCUGAAGCUUUAGAGAUUGCAUUUAUUAGUGAUGAUAAAGUUGCGAUUGCAGAACAUGCAACAAAUAUUCAGUGUUCUCAACUAUUCAAAGGAUUUACUUCUCCUGAGUUUCUCAAUGCUACAGUAGAUGUGUCAUCAGAAGAACUAUCAAUUGCUGUAGUUGGAACAAAUUCAAUAUUUAUUUGGCCUAAUGAGCAAUAUGUUAACUUCCAAAAUGUAUUUUCUUUUGGAUAUAAAAAGAUAGAACCACUGCAUGGUAGUAGUAAAAUGUUGUGUCUACGUACAGACAAUACAUUAAGUAUGCUUUGUUUGGAUACAUUUCUUACAUUAAAAAUAUGUGGACCUGUAUUUGACUUUAGUGUAAUACAGCUUGAUGAUCAUUGUGAAAUUAUGUUUUUAACGCAUUCCAUGAACAAUUAUACUACAUAUACACUACGUGUUAUUUCUUACCCGGAUUUUGAACAGAAAUUAGAAAUCAACGUAUCUACUGACAUUUAUUUGUUGAAAGUUUUACAUACCUCUGAUAAUCUAUUUUACAUAGAAGGUAUUACUACUGAGAUCGGGAUUAUUGAUACAUUUAGAAUAAAAAUGAUAUUGGAAAGUAUUCCCGAAAUACGUUUAACAAGAUUAUUAAGAAAGAGACAAUUUGAUGCAGCUGAAGUUUUUGCAAAGAAAGUAAAUCUUUCAUUGGAAUCUAUUUAUUGUUCUAAAGCAGCAUUACUCAUAGAACAGCUCAGUCCCUGGGCAAAAUCUACUCCUAAUUCAGUUAGCGUGGAUACAUUGAUAUCUAUUUUAGAUAAAAUACAAAAUAUGCAAUUUGUAAUUGAAUGUUGUAGCAAAACUCUCAUUUCUGAUUAUGUACAAAUGAAACGGAUCUAUUCAUACGCUCGGCAAAAAAUAAUACGAAAUAUUGAGAUGAAAAAUUUGGAUGAUUCAUUGAAUACCAGUGUAUCUGUAAUAAAUGAUGCUUUAUGUAGACUUGAGACUUUUCAAAUGAUCCAAGAUAUCGAGGCAGAUAAGUUAUUGAACAACGACGCGAGUAUGAAAGAAUGGAUAAGAUUUUCACAAGUUAAUUUAUUGAAAGAAUACACUACUCGUUUAAGCAUGGGACAAUUAAAAUCUGCCACAUUAAUUUGGACGAGACAUCUUCCUGAUAUUGUAAAAUAUAUAUCUAUGGAGACUGUGCAAAAUAUUUUUACAAUCUUGCCUGAAGAUGUAGACCCAUCAUUUUUAUGGCCAUGGGUUAUUCACUUUAUACCAACGCUAUUGUCCUUUUUACCUGACGCAAUAAAUGAGAUUAUAUCUUGGAGUCUAAAAAAACUGAAAUAUCUUGAGAUAUCUCAUCGUACGGAAUGGCCAGAAAUCGGCAUGAAAUUUGCUACAAAGUUUGUAAAAUUGUUGAAAUUCGAAGAUAAUCAGUCUGUGUACUUUCAUCAAGAAUAUAGAUACCAAAAUUCUCUACUGAAACAAUUUAUGAUUCUAUUUCAAGCUUUAUCCGAUAUCCAACAACUGAAGAUUGUUUACAGGUUAAGAGUCCCUAUUGAUAUAUAUGUUAAUUCACCUGUAGAAGCAAUUUAUACAUUACUGGACAAAAUAUGUAUUGACCAGAUAUCAAAUUUUGCGAAUACGUUCCUAAAGCAAUAUAUACUUAAUAAUAAUUUACAAACUGAUAUCAUACUUUGUGCAUAUAUUCAGAAAACUGUAAAAAAUUCGUAUAGUUGGUGGUUUAAUGAAGAAGCUACAUGGGAGAAAAGAGUUACUAUUAUAAUAGGUCUUAUGCAUAAUAUAGAGAAACGACUGGAGCAGACUUUAAUAAUUUUAAAAAAAGCACCGGUGCCCUGGAGUUCAACUAUAACUACUCUUGCAGAAACAGGCAUUAAUUAUAACCACAAUUUAUCUUUUAAAAUUAAAACAGAAUGCGACUACGUCCCAAUCAAACUCAUCUUAAAAAAAUAUGGAUAUGCAACAAUUGGCGUAAAUAAUAAAUUGAUGUCAUAUAUAAUAAAAAGAAAUUGUGAUUCUAUGAUCAAUGAUAUAGAUGUAUUAACUAAAAACGAUCAGCAAUUAAGACAAGAUGUAUUUUGUCGAUGUAUAAACGUCCGAUUAAACGAAAAAGAUCUCAAGAAAGCAAUGGAUAUAAUACAUCAUUUGGAAGAUAAUGCCGCUAACUCUUUGUAUUGUUACGAAGGAAUUGUUAAUUAUAUCAUUGCAGCUUUUUCUUUUCGGAAUGCAACAUCAUCUUUGAUCUGUCACAUGGAAAUAUUGGGUUGCUUGGAGCUUAAAAUACAUAACUUAUUAACACAAUCAAAUGUUUGUCAUUAUCGUUGCAACAAUAUUCUCAAAACAAUAAAAGAUUUACGGUCAUUGUACGCACUGAGGAAAUAUUACAAGAUUGAUAUUUCUUUAAAAGAUUAUCAUAUGCAGAAAUCACUUGUGCUGCAAAAUUAUGUCUUGAAAUUGCUUCUUGAUGUAAAAGAGAACGAUUGGCCAAUAGCGCACAAGACAGCUAUUAAAAUUGCCAAGCUGCUAGGAUUAGAAGAGUCAUAUGUAACCUUAUUUAUGUUAGAACGGAUACAAAAUUUAAGUGGACUAGAACAACUAGUUGAUGAAUAUUCAAGUCUAGUGUCUGAAAAGAUUAAAAAUAUACAUAAGAUAUGCUUAUCGAUAUUACAACAUGCUGCUAUAGACACAAGUGCUGUAAAAGUUGUCAGAAAUUUAAGUAUUUUGACAUUAAACACUUGUCAAGACAGUGAUUUACAAUCUGCAAUAAUGCUUUACACUUGUACCAGUGCAUGUCCAAAUUUUUCUACUCGAGAUUAUUUUGAUGUAAAACAAGAAUUUAUAUCACAAUCUAAUUGGAAAUUGUAUACAAUUUAUAAGGAUCCAGCGAUAUCUUUAGAUAAAACAUUGUUGUUUCUGUUUAAAGAUGCAGUGUCCUUGCAUUUGUACUAUUCAAAUCAAGUCAACAGUAAUAAAAUCAUAAAUUACGAUGAACAAAUGGAUACAUUGCUAACUAAUUUCCUGGAAGAUAUGAAAAAGAUGCAACCUUUAUAUAAUGAUUAUUCUUUAUUGCAUAUUUUCAAAACAUUUUAUUUCAUGUAUUGUACAUUUGUGAGAAAUGAAGAGAUAUUAGCAGAAAUGAAAUCUACAUUAUUACAGCUGCUAAUGAAUUUAUUGAAAAAAUUAUGUACCGGACGAUCACUCGAUUUGCAGUUGGGACUGUCGGCUCUUUUUACAUUACCUGAACAAGAAGCAUACAAUUGGCUUUCUACAAAUUCCAUAUCAUUUCAGACCGAUCAUGUUCGGCAUUUUACAAUCUCAACAUUGGGAUAUGAAUAUUUGCGUUUGAAACAAAAUCGAUCACUGAUACAGACAUUUGAGAAUUACAAGCUACUCCAUAUUUGGGCACAACGACUGUCACGGUAUUCAAUAACUUCUAAAGAAGUUCUAACAAACAGCGCUUCGAGCAAAAGAGAAAUUUUACAUCAAAUCAUAAAUAGUAAUAAAGAGAAUGUGAUUCCCUUGUUAAAGGAUUACUGUUACAACUUCGGAUUUCAUUUUAACGAUUCCCUUUUGCUUUAUUUACAAAUAUUACUAAAAACCUGGAAUCCAACGAUAACCAUUUCGAAUACAGGUGUAAAUAAAGAGCUACUUAUCUGUAAAAAUGAAGUUGAUGAAUUAAGGAAGAAAUGUAAUACAAUUGUUACACAAAUGGAAGAUAAAUCUAUGUUGAACCAAUGUAUCUCUACAUUAUGGGAACACAUCACGUUUUACUAUUAUGAAGUAUUCGUUAUAUUAAUGGAUCUCAUAGGAGAUAAAGAUAUGAAGAAGAGGAAUUAUCUCUGCUUCUUGCAGAAUUAUACUCGAAGCGGACCACCUACAUCAAUGGAGCAUGAUGAGUGGCUACACCUUAAUCCUGGACACAGCACAUUACCACUGAUAGCUCAGUGGAGACUCCCAUUUUUGCUCAAAGUUGAUAUUUGGAAAAUUAUUACUCCUGAAUUAAAUUUAACAACAUAUGACAAGUGGCUUGACAUUGCACCCGUACUUGAUUUAGAAGCACAUCUCGUAUGCACAUUAGCUAUUAAAGGUGGUGUAACACAAGUAUGGGGAAAUAAUUCUACUAUGUCGAAAAAUGUUACAUGGUCGCUUUAUUCAAGAAACACCACAUUGCUUAAAGAUAUUAAGAAAUGUAUACAACGGAUGACGGAUUCAGAUGGAUUUUAUUAUGGUACCGCGGCAUUGUACUAUGUCGUAAAUCAUACACCUCCGGGCGCUGAUCGCGUUGCCGCCGCGAAAGAAUGUUACGAAUACUCUCAGUUGGCGGCACAAAAUUCGACCAAAUUCGAAGAGGGAAUGUUAGAAAAAAUUGAAUCCAAAUAUUUGAAAUUUACAUCCGAGCAUAUUCUACGUACAUAUGGAUUGGAAAAGAAUAAAUAUCUCACCUUAAUCGAACAUCCGUGUAAGUUGGUACACGAGUUAUAUAAUGACGAAAGUAUACCGUUACGAUACCGAACUGCGACCAACUACAAACCUGAUAUUAAUGCCGCCGUUAACGAGCUGGGUACAUUAUUCUCGUUGAAUACGAUAAAAUUGCGUAUGAAUUUAUUAGAGGAAUGGUUGCAAUCCAACGUCAGGUAUACCGAAUUGUCCCAAAGCUUUACGGAAACGUUUCUGACAUCAAAAGAUUCCGAUCAGACCAUAGAUUGUGAAGAUAAAUUACUUAGGAUAUGUUAUAUGCUGGAAUAUGGAGAUGUGGAUUUGUUUGCGCAAUUUCUUAUAAACAUAGGUUUUGGCGAUUGUCAUCGAGAGACCGAAUACAGCUGUAACGUACGAUAUCGUGUAUUUCGAAUAUUACAGACUGUCAUUGAUACUGCUACGUUAGAGGAAUUGACUAAGCAAGAUAUAUGCACCUUCAGAAAGUAUAUGAAAUCGUUACAGUACACUGGCAAAUUGGAAUCGUUAGGAUUAUGUUACAAUACGGAUACAUUUGAAAGAUGUUGUAAACGCGAACUUGUCCAGAUAUUAUGGAAGAAUCAACGUCACUCGCCUUAUGCUCUCUCUGUUAUAGCGCAAAUUUGCAUUGAGUUUGAGAUAAAUGAUGUCCUACUUUGGGACAGAACUUUGAGUCAGAUGACGAAACUACGAAUGGUAAGCGAUUUGAAGAAAGUUUUAUUGCAAUUACGAAAUAAAAGUGUCAUUAUUAGUUGUAACGGUUACAAAAUGGGAUGGCAACUGAUUAUCUCCGAACCAUUCAGUGAAAUAGAGCCAAAUUCAAAUUCGGAGCAAAUUGACAAGUGCAUCGAAGUGAUUUGUCUGUUAUAUUCGUGCCCAUUGGCACACGAAUUAGACUUCACCGCCAUUUUGAGAAAUUGUUUUCAAAGUAAACGGGCACACUUAGCUGCCGCACUUUUACCAUUUUUAAAUGAGUCUGAAAAAACAUUAGUCUUAGAGACUGUUAAUCAAAAAUGUCAAAUCGAAGAACUCGUAGAGGACUUGAAUCGUUUAUCUUCUAAAGGAGUACUCACUGUUACACAUAGUCUCGCCAUGAUACAAAAAUCUGCAUUAUGAAGAUGAAAGUAAGAAAAAAAAAAUAUUUUUUACACAUUGCACAUAUCAGCUGGAAGAAAUUAACCUAUAAUAUCUGUUAAAUGGAAUUGUAACAUAUUAAGAUGUAUAUAAUGAAUAAAUUUCUCUUUUAUUACUUUUCACA